AUGUACUUCCUGCGGCAGCUCAGGAAAGCCAAGCUGCAGUUCUACACGGCCAUCAUCGAGUCCAUCCUCACCUCCUCCGUCACCUCCUCCAUCACCUCCUCCAUCACCUCCUCCAUCACCUCCAUCACCUCCUCCAUCACCUCCUCCAUCACCUCCUCCAUCACCUCCUCCAUCACCUACUCCAUCACCUCCUCCAUCACCUCCUCCAUCACCUCCUCCAUCACCUCCUCCAUCACCUCCUCCAUCACCUCUUCAUCACCUCCUCCAUCACCUCCUCCGUCACCGUGUGGUUCGCUGGAGCCACAGUCAGGGACAAACAGAGACUACAGCGCAUUGUGCGCUCUGCAGAGGAAGUGA